AUGGUGACACACUGGCAGUGUGCUUCCCUGCUGCUCACCGUCUGGGCUGCUGGCCAUGUCUCGUGCGAACCGCUCAUCGGCCACUCCCCCAACAGCCUCGACUUCAUCCCACUGCCAAGAAGAUCAGAGGCACGGGAACCCUUUUUGCUCGCCGAGCCUCUGCCGCUGUUUCCUCUCUCUGCUGGGGGAGCGGGUGACGGCCGGAAUCGAGCGGACGCUGGCCAUAUGCCACCGGGUCCAGGACCAGCAAUCACCCUUGCCGGACACCCCCCGCACGACGCGUCAACGGAUGGUCUUUCCGCUAACAACCUACUUGUACCCCAGUCAAGCCACCAUCAUCACGAGCUUCUGCCGCUGUUUCCUCUCGCCCCGGGGGGAGCAAGAGUCGACCGCCAACGAGCUUGGAGCACCAUUGCUGAGGAAGACGAUGUGCCAAACAGUCCACUGAGCCCAGUCGCCCCCGCCGAGCAGCACCAUCCAGACCAGCAUUCCCAUUCUGCCCACAAUCAACAGCAGCCAGCUGCUGAAGAGCCUCGCCCAGACGCUCCCAUCGCCCCCGGGGAAGGCGCCAGCAGCCGCAAACGAGCCCGGGUCGAGAUCCUUUCGGAGCAAGACCGUGUUCCAACCCGGCCAAGACCAAGCAGCCCAAAUGAUGACGAUGAUGAUGAUGAUCGAUAUCAUCACCAUCUUCCCGCCGAAGAUAGAGAGCAGCUAGCCCCAGAUGUUGCGAGCCUCAGCUUGCCGAACUUGGCAACUCGACUCGACCAGGAGAACCCCGAAGAGCCAGGCCCAGUGUACCGGAACGAGUUACAAACAGCUGCGGCUAUGGCGAUCACCCCAAGCCCUCGAUCGGGCUCAACGCCAAAAACGAGACGUGAACAAGUAGAAUUCUGGAAUGAAUUGUCAAAGCAAACCCGAGAAUGGACGCCACCGCCGGGAAUUGACGCGGAGGCUAAGAUGACUGCGUAUUUCAUGGCGACCCACUUUCAGCGAGCACUGUCGAACUUUCCCGGCAGUGACGUAUUGGAACAUUUACACAACUCGAACAAGAUCUUGAUUCCGUUUGCCUGUCGAUUAUUGAUGAAACCACUGAGUUUUGAGAGCUGGGCAAGGAUCCUUCUGGUAUGGCGUAACCUGUGGCAUGAGGAAAUGAGUGAGAUGGCAACGGAACCUCGACGUCCAUCGGUGGGCCAAGUAUUGAGGAAGUUUCUGUGGAUCUCGAACUUCAUCUGUGAAUCAACCUUUCCUGAACUGUUUAUGGUGAAGAGUAAGACUACGAGACCCAAAAAGGUGAUCUUGACGCGACCUGAAAGCAGGAUUUUGAACGUACUAUCGGAUGGAAGCAAGCACGUGGACGCAAUAAUGGCUGACAAUCGACGCCAGGCCGACAUGGAAUACUUGAGGAAGCUGCUGGUCGAUGAGUGCUUUGAAGGCGAUCGGCAUUCGGCGGGAGCUGCGUCGUGGGAAUCAGAUCCCUCGGUCUGGAAGGGGGCACUGGCCGAAUUGAACACGCAAGCGAUUCCAAUCACGCCCAAAUCCAAGGAUAUCAAGCGAGUCGAGAAGCGCGACCUGACGCUGUAUCUCUUUGGCCCACGCAACUGCUGGAAUAAAAUCGCCCAGCAGGCACAUGGACUGGUCCCUGCGAGGCCAUGCCGCUACCUCCGCAAUUAUCCCAGAAGACUCAAGUCGGAGAUCGUCUCGCUCUUCCGUUGGACCACGUUUGAUCAUGAAGCGGACCUUCAACUGCGAGCGCUUCCCCUGCCUACUUCUCCCUUGCAGCCAGUCAUGAGGGCCCUUGAUGCUCGUCUUCGCAACGAGCGUAUAGCCGGUUCAACACAUACGCCCCCCUCCUUUUGGCCCAAUAGGUUGCAUCUGUGGCUUCAUGAACAACUCACGCUCAUGCUGAGGAAUGAAGAAGCUGAAAACUGGGGAAAUGAACCAACAUAG